GUGUUUUCACUCCACCGCAGAGGCAGAGUGAGGUAAAGACCAACGUUUCCAGCGAUGCAGCGCACAACCAGCGUCUGACCGCAGCGCUCGACAUGCUGCAGCCGCCGCGCUGCGCUCUGUCCCUCCUCAUCCUCCUCUCCCUCGCCCUGCCGGCUGGCGGACAGGCGGCAGGAGGAGCAGCAGGAGCAGCGGACGUCAUCCAGGUGAUGUUCACGCCCACCGUCUGCAAGGUGCUCUGCAGCCAGAACGGAUGUGUGAACUCGUGUCAGAGAGGGAACCUGACCACGCUGUCCAGCAGCGCCAUGGACCGGAGGGACGGCUCCCACGGACCGGGCUCCCACGGACCGGGCUCCCACGGACCGGGCUCCCACGGACCGGGCUCCCACGGACCGGGCUCCCACGGACCGGGCUUCAGAGUCUUCGUCUGCCCGCUGCUCUGUAAGAACGGGGGAGUGUGUCUCCAGAGGGACCGCUGUCUGUGUCCUCCAGGCUUCACUGGGAGGUUCUGCCAGAUCCCCUCGUCCUCGUCCUCGUCCUCGUCCUCGUCCUCGUCCUCGUCCUCGUCCCCCAGCCAGGAGCUCAGCCGCUCGGAGUUCCUGCUGCCGCUCGCUCACAGCCAGGAAGUGGAGACAGCCGGAGCUCCCAGCCCGUCCAUGGUGAAGGUUCGAGUGGAGCACCCCCCCGAAGCCACCGUCAACAUCCACAGGGUCAUCAAGCUGUCUGGAUUCAGUCCCAGCCUACGGACGCUGCCCGCCCCAUCCUCCUCAUCCUCCUCAUCCUCCUCCUCCUCCUCCUCCUCCUCCUCGGGCUCGGCUGGCGCCCCUGCCCCUGCAAGAGCUCGGGUCCAGGCCCAGACGGUGAGGGGGGGCGGGACCUACACACAACAGUCUGGCUUCAAGUACUGUUUCAGAGAGGUGAAGGACGGACAGUGCAGCUCUCCUCUUCCCGGCCUCAGGAGUCAAGAGAUGUGCUGUAAAGGCAUUGGGAAGGCCUGGGGCAUCACAGAUUGUGUCCUCUGUCCUGAUAACACAGUUAAAAACACCAGCAACUGUCCAGUUGGGUUUGAACACAGCAAUGGGACGGAGUGUGUGGAUGUGAAUGAGUGCCUCCAGCCGGGGCGUUGUGAGAACGGUCUCUGUGUGAACACCAGGGGGAGCUAUAGCUGUGUGUGUCAGGCGGGGUUCAUCCUCGACGCCACACAUGGAAUCUGCAUCUCCCAGAGUGUGAUCUCGGAGGAGAAGGGUCAGUGUCACCGGGUCCUGGGUCCUGGUCUCGGACCGUCCUCCUGUUCUCUUCCCAUCCUGAAGAGCAUCACCAAGCAGAUCUGCUGCUGCAGCCGGGUGGGGAAGGCCUGGGGCCCCAGCUGCGAGCGCUGCCCCUACUUCGGCUCGGUGGCCUUCAAGGAGAUCUGCCCCGCCGGACCCGGGUACCACUACUCCGCCUCGGCUCUUCAGUUCAACCAGAGAGUCAACGAGCAGCUGGGCGGCCGAGGAGCUCAGCUGGUAACCCAUGGCAACCAGGACCGCCACGGUAACCAGGACCGCCACGGUUCUGGUUCUGGUUCUGGUUCUGGUUCUGGAUCAAGUAGCAGCAGUGCUUCAAGUUCUCAGCCUGAACAAACUUCAUCUGCUGGAGGGAGCAGCUCCAGACCUGGACCAGCUGUGACCACACACAGUCAUCCACAAGCUCCGCCCCAGCCUCCACCACGGAUUCAACCACAAGCUCCACCCCAGCCUCCACCACGGAUUCAACCACAAGCUCCGCCCCAGCCUCCACCACGGAUUCAACCACAAGCUCCGCCCCAGCCUCCACCACGGAUUCAACCACAAGCUCCGCCCCAGCCUCCACCACGGAUUCAACCACAAGCUCCGCCCCAGCCUCCACCACGGAUUCAACCACAACCUCAACCUCAAGCUCCACCUCAGCGUCCGCCCCAGCUCCAUCCUCAGCCUCCUCCAAUCUCCCGGUCCUCUUCUCGGCCCGUACAGCCCAGCACCGAGGGCGCCACGGCCGGCCAGGGGGGACUGUUGGACCAGCAGAGCCAGCCGGACUCCGUUCCAUCAUCCAGGGCUCAACAGAGGCCAGCGUCCAGUGGGAGUCAAGCAGGAGCUCGCUCCUCCUCCUCCUCCUCCUCCUCCUCCUCCUCCUCCUCCUCCUCCUCCUCCUCCUCCUCCUCCUCCUCCUCCGGGUCUCUUCCUCAGCAGCCUGCAGACAGAAGGGACACUCGACCGGCUGUGAACUCGACACCCCGACCCAACAAAGUCCUCACAGUGCGAGGUGUGUGUGAGAGCAGACCAGGCGUGUGUGGGCGUGGCCUGUGUGUGGAUCAGCCCGGUGGGACACACACGUGUGUGUGUGACGAGGGAUUCCAGCUCGGCUCCCAGCGAACACGCUGCCAAGACAUUGACGAGUGCGUGCAGAAUCCCUGCGGCCACGGCCGCUGCGACAACACGCCGGGCAGCUACAGGUGUGUGUGUCACCUCGGUUACAAGCUCAGCGGGAACACCUGCACAGACGUGGACGAAUGUCUGGACCCUCUGCAGUGUCCCGGGCAGGAGUGCAUAAACUCUCAGGGCUCGUACCGCUGCCUGUCCUGCAGGCCAGGCUACGGACUGCUCAACAGGCUCUGCACAGACAUUGACGAGUGUCGUCAGGCUCCGUGCUCCAAUGGUCGCUGUGAGAACACACCUGGAAGCUUUCGCUGUGUCUGUCAUCAUGGUUACAAGCUCAAGAACAACACCUGCACAGAUAUUGAUGAGUGUGCAGAACCAUCUCAGUGUCCUGGGCAGAUGUGUGUGAACUCUGUGGGAUCUUACAGGUGUGUGUCCUGUCGUGCUGGAUACACACUGACCAACAGACUAUGUACAGACAUAAACGAGUGUGAGAACUCUGAGUCGUGUCCCGGUCAGCAGUGUGUGAACACUGAGGGAUCCUACAGCUGUGUGGACUGUGCAUCUGGAUACCAGAGUGUCAGUGGAGAGUGUACAGAUGUGGACGAGUGUGCGCAGGAUUCCCAGUGUCCGGGGCAGCAGUGUGUGAACACGGUGGGUUCGUACCGGUGUGUUUCCUGUCAGCCGGGAUUCAGCAGCCUGAAUGGCGUCUGUCAAGAUGUGGACGAGUGUGUGCGUGUCGGAGUGUGUGAGGCGGAGCAGCUGUGUGUGAACACGCCCGGCUCCUUCAGGUGCGACUGCGCGCCCGGGUAUCGAACCGUGGGCCUGGGGCGGCAGUGCAGAGACAUCGACGAGUGUGUGGAGGGCGACCUGUGCUUCUCCCGGGGGGAGUGUGUGAACACCCCCGGCUCCUUCACCUGUGUGUGUUCCCCCGGGUUCAGACUGAGCGCCAACCGGACGGCCUGUCUUGAUGUGGACGAGUGUGUCAGGCCUGGUGUGUGUUCAGAUGGAAGAUGUGUGAACACUGACGGCUCCUUCAGUUGUGUGUGUCAAACCGGCUUCACCAGCAACCCUGAGAGGACCGCCUGCCUCGACGUAGAUGAGUGUGUGUCCUCUGGUGGGUCCGUGUGUGUGUCUCAGCGGUGUGAGAACACCAUCGGUUCGUUCCGCUGUCUCACUUCCUGUGAGCCGGGCUACCAGGGGACGGACGGCGGCCGGUGUGCAGAUGUGGAUGAGUGUGUGUCUCAGCCGGGUGUGUGCGGUUCGGCUCGUUGUGUCAACAUGGCGGGAUCCUUCCAGUGUGUGUGUGACCAAGCGGGACUUGAGUUCGACCCCCCCAGCAGAGAGUGUGUGAGGACAGCAGCAGCGAGACUCCCCUUCUCCUCCUCCUUCUCCUUCCCCUCCUCCUCCACCUCCACCUCCUCCUCCUCGUCCUCGUCCUCGUCGUCGUCCUCCUCCUCCUUCUCCUCCUCCUCCUCUUCCUCCUCCCCCUCCGCCCCCCCUCACGCUGUGGACCUGCCCCCCCCUCGGCCCGGGGAGUUGAGAGAGUGCUACUACCACCUGGCGGACCGCGGCACCUGCAGCCUGCUGGCCACCAACAGCAGCCAGCAGGAGUGCUGCUGCACGGUGGGGGAGGGCUGGGGCCUGGGCUGCCAGUACCACCGCUGCCCCCCCACACACACAGCCCAGUUUCUAUCUCUGUGCCCCAGCGGGAGAGGGUACAUCACAGCUGGAGCAGGGGCCUUCAGUUACACUGAUGUGGACGAGUGUAAACGCUUCCAUCCAGAGGUGUGUAAGAACGGCGUGUGUGUGAACAACAUCCCGGGAUACAGCUGCUACUGCUCCAGCGGAUACGUUUAUAACAGCACACUGCUGGAGUGUGUCGACCACGACGAGUGUGAGGAAGAGAGCUGUGUGGGCGGAGUUUGUGUCAACACGGUGGGCUCGUAUUACUGCAGCUGCCCGCCGCCGCUGGUCCUGGACGACACCCAGAGGAACUGCGUCAACUCGUCCCACCUCACCGUGGAUGAGAACCUGUCGGUCUGCUGGCAGCAGGUCUCUGCAGACCUGCUGUGUCAGAGUCCUCUGCUGGGGGCUCAGGUCACCUUUACCGACUGUUGCUGUCUGUAUGGAGACGGCUGGGGGAUGGGCUGUGCCCUCUGCCCUCCAUCCGACUCCGAGGACUACGCCAGCCUGUGCAGCUCCGUUCCUCUUCCGGUGUCGCCGGACCUUUAUCCAGACCCCGCCGGGCCUGAGGCAGGAGUGCGAGGAGGAGCGGGGGGUGGAGGAGGACUCUUUCCGCCGUACGGUCUGGACUUCUUCCCUCCUGUUCUGGUUCCCGGCAGAGACUUCAGCCGGUCGGACUAUGAGGAUUACCCCCCAGCAGGGGGCAGCAGGCAGGGCUUCGGGGGGCGGAGCCCCGCCUCCGUCGGCCUGCCGGACGAUUCGUACCGUCGCCCUGACUUCAGCACCAGCUACUUCUCUGAAGGAGACUUCGUCCCCCCCUCCGACGGCCGCACCCCCUCCCUCCGCCUCCCCGCCGACCCCCGGGCCGACCUGGGGUUCGGGGCGCGGCCCGACGCCCCCGCCCUCAGCCUGGCGCCGCUGCCCGGCGGGGAGGAGGGGGAGGAGGAGGACGGGAGGUGGAGGCCGGGGCCGCCGUUCCCCCCGUACGGCGACCGGAGCAGAGGAGGAGCAGGAGCGCCGAGGAGGCUGUACGAGAGGCGUUACGAGUCCUAUGGCCUGAGCGCCGCUGAGGAUUGUGGGAUACUGCACGGCUGUGAGAACGGCCGGUGUAUCCGCGUUGCCGAGGGUUACACCUGCGACUGUUACCCCGGAUACGAGCUGGACAUGACCUCCAUGACCUGCAUCGAUGUAAACGAGUGUGAGGACAGUGUUGCCAUGGAGUUUCCGUGUGUGAACGCUCGCUGUGUGAACACCGACGGCUCGUUCCGCUGCGUCUGCAGAAGAGGAUACGUCGUGUCGCGCAGAACCAACCACUGUGUGGCUGCGUAGACCGCCUCGGACCAGAUCUGAUCCGGGUCAGACCUGACGAGACCGGGUCCAGACCGGACCAGACCAGAUCCAACUGGCUGGACUGCAGCAGCCUAAUCCCUCCUGGACUGAACUCUUCUGUUGCACCAAAGCAGCUCAUUUUAUCUUUAGCACUCGUCUUUAUUUAGUUUUUAUUAGAAUUUAUUUUUCAGCACAACUAUUUAAAGUUUUUUUUUAAUCUCACGUGUUUUAUCGUUCUUAACUCUGCUGUGCCAUUUCUUUAUAACCUGAUCAUUAUUUAUUUGAACACGCCUGUUUUCAGCUCCACUCCAGCUGCUUUUCAUUGUUUCUGUUCGUUAGUUUACCGAGAAGGAAAAACCCAAAUGAGGCGCGUCCCGAUUGGUCGCUCUCACCGGACAUCAGCUGUGUUUUUGUGCCCGAUUGCUGCAACGCCACAGGUGAAACUCUCAGACUCCGCCUUCUUUUCUGUCUGGAGGACUGACGGAGGAAGAAAGUCGAUCAAUAGAAUUCAGCAGAUUUCAUCAGAUCAUCUAAAGCUUGGAAGCUCUCAUCUCUGCUGAUUGUUCAGAUUCCAACGAUGAUCUGCUGACGUGCCGCUAGCCGUUAGCCACACCGGUCGCUAACCUGCUGCUAGCCACACCGGCCGUUAGCCACACCGGUUGUUGAUCAGCCGCUAGCCAUUAGCAACACCGGCUGUUAGCCACACCAGGUCGCUAGCCACAGCGGUUGCUAACGUGCUGCUGGCUGGUUGUUAUGUGAAACUACUCAAACAUCAUUAAAGGUCCAGAUCAGCAGAGCUAACUGAACUGGAUCCCUUGUGGAAGUGUCAUCAUGAUGAUUAGCUAACGAAGCGCUCUUAAGCUCUGUUGAAGUGGAACAGAGUCUGAACUCACCGUCAGCUCCUCGUCUGUCUUAUACGAAUGUGAAGAAUCCAAUAAAGGUCAAAGUUCA